AUGACAAAGCGGACUAAGAAGUCAGUCAUUAAGGAUGGACCGAUUGGAGGAAGGCUCGUGGAAGUCUAUACAAGCAAAGGAACCAAGUACCAACUGGCUCCGCUCCCCCCCAAACCAACAAUCGGUAUACCGACUCCUGCAGGCAAACGCCGCCGAGUUGAAGAGCUAUACUACGAGCAGGAUCAACCCUCUGAUCCAGCCAAUCCCUUUGGUAGUGGAUGGGUUAAUCCGCAAGAACCUGUCGUUGAAAAUUCGCCAAUCACACACCCCAACGAUCAGUAUUUGGCGUCAGCCAAAUCCGACUGGAAUAACUACGCCGACUUCACAUUUGGUUCAAGUCCACACCAUGGAAAGCAUGGCAGCGGCCAGGAGAUUGUUGUUGUUCACGUCAACGGGGCGGUUGCACUAGACGAACAAUACCUGAUGGCGGGGAUGUACCCGAGCACUUUUAAAUCGGUGGAAACAGUAUUCACUGUCCAACUCCUCCGGGACUUCAACCUCGCGGUCCUUGAAUGCUGCACCUCGGCGGGAGAAUACUUCAGUAAGCUCAGACGGCUAACCAACCCAGAUUUUCCCGACACUGUCCCUAAUCGUCAUCGUGAACUCUUGCGAGCGGCCAGACAAUUCCGUCACUUGCAAGAACUGAUCCGUUUUGGCUAUACGACCAGGGAGGCCGCGUCAAAGCCUGGUAGCAUGGCCCUGUUCUGCGCGGCGUGUCCGCAACCUGACGUCAAUCUGGAGGAAAAUUGGGAGAAGGACAAACAACACAUGUCAUUUGUGGCCGACGGCAACUUCGUCUGCGUCAGGCAAAGUAAAAAGGGCGCAGGACAAGAUUUGUUCCUCAAGCAAGGGGAAGGUUAUUUUGUGGAGAGCAGAGCAUACAAGCACCACCUCGCUUCCGCUACAGAGAACACAGAGCAUUCAACAUGCAAUGAGCACAGAGCGGUCGCCGAUAAGAACAAAGCGCACAAGGGUUACGAUGCCACUGGUAUCGGCGCUCUGGCUUGCGCUAGGCAUGGAGCCUUCGUGCCUUCAUCUGUGGUCGAUUUCCAGAAAGGAGAACGGCAAAUGAACAUGGAUUACGCCCUAUGUGAAGGAUUGAAGGCCGUCGUCUCUUCAAAGGUACCACGGAUAAUCUUCAUUUAUGAUAUUUGCUGUCAGUAUUGGAAAAACCUGGCGGCACGCAUCAAGGCAUACAAAGACAUCAAGCUUCCAUGGUAUGAUCGCAUGGUGUUCUCCAUUGGUCAAUUCCAUGUCCAUGGACAUCAAGAAAAAUGUCUGCCGCGGUUUUCUCCCCUCUACAUCGAAGGGAUCGGCUGGAAUCACGGGGAGAUUUUGGAGCCUAAUUGGUCUCUGCUAAAUUCGACAGGGACGAUGACAAGUACAAUGACCGAGGCGCACCGCAUGGAAGUUCUAGACAGCAAGAUGAUGGACUUGAACUGGAAGAAAAUGACAAAUCUUUCGCCGUCUCGGAAAGCUAUCGAGGCCAGUUUGAUAACCACCGAGCUCAAGCAAAGUCGCCACGUAGGGUUGACUUCCUGGGUCCACGAUGGCAUGAUGAUUCAGGAGUUACAGAUGGAUGUCCUAUCGGCCGCCAAGGAAUUAGGCCCAACUCCGACAGAUGACCGAAGGCUAGAGCUCGAAAGGAAGCGGGCAGCCUUGAAAGCUAAGCACGACCAACAUCUCGAGAAAGGACUCCAGCUAUUCCCACGUUUAUCUCAGCACAACGAUGCAGAUCCCCGCUCAGCGUUCCUCCACGCUCCAAUUCGAGAGCCAUGCGACUGUGAGCACAUACCGUGCGGUCACUCGGGCAUGGACUUGAAUCCAUUCGAGGCGGUACCCAAAGGUCCGCUGGAGAAGUUGGCGGUACUGAUGCCAUCAUCUGAACCGCCGGGAUCCCAAAUUAUGCCUGUGGAGGCCAAGGACGCUGAGCUGGAGUUGCGGAAAGCUCAAGCCGAUGAAGCCCUUGCAAACCUGCGGACACAAGUCGGGUACAAGUCAUUCUUGUUUAAGGCUAACAUCCAGCUCGCCCAGAAUAAAGCGCAGAAAACCCGCGGUUAUGCUGCAGUAGCCUCCGCCGAGAAAGCAAUUCAGAGGAGCACGAGGAUCUACAAUCAAGCUCAAUGGGCGAUCUGGCAGCUGACCGAUGACGUGUCCAUUCGGGAGACCUAUCAAAAACUCAAUAAAGGCGAUGCCAAGCCAUUAGAGUCUGUUUAUCAACCGAAUGCGCCGGGUCAAAGUCGCCAAAUCUGUGUAUCGAUUUUUGUACCCUCUGGCGCCGCUUGA